AUGGAGGUAGCCACCAUUACUGACGCAUUUUCGCGCUCCUUCUCGGUUGCCGCUCGGGCGAACGCAUGGCCAACAAUGCACAGAAUAAAACUCGUGCGACACAUACAUACCAGUGCCAGUACACCGACCGGACGCAGUGUCAGCAGCACAGCAGCAGCAGCUGCGUGGGGUGAAGCGGUGGAGAAGAGCGUACGGCCGCAAGACGGCGCACGCUACCCGUUGCAGAUGCGAGAUUACAUACCCACCGUCAACUUUUGUUGGUUGGACGCAAGCAAGUAUCCAAGUUGGGCCGUCGGAUCAGUCUCUCGCCUGGGCAGGCGAGGCGGGGCGAGGGAACGAGAUAUCCGCCCGUACGUAGGCAGCCAAACUACUGCGCGAUGGAAACGCGAUGGUGACGAGAUGAGACGAGAUCACGCCGAGAUGAGAUUGGAUGGGAGGGGGGAGGGGGGGGAGCGGGAGCGAUCGUUGUUUCUCAUCUGCGUUUAUCGGUCUACCGCUGACCGGGGUUUUGGUCGCGAAGAAAAAAGGUCGAUGUGA